AUGUCUGAUGGAGGCAUGAUCCCUGCGGAUGCCCAGGGUUUGGCAGUCGUCGUCUUGUUGUACACGUUCGGCAAUGCGUUCAUUGCUGCGCUGGUGGUCCUGAUGCACAUGCGCCAUGGCGAUCCAUUCGGCNNUGUAAGAUCCCUUGCUCUGUUGAAGCUAAUAUGUUCGCAUAUACUGAUACACAUGUCUAUAGACGUUCCAGUGUGUGCGUGCUUCAUGAUUAUCAACAUCAUGGCAUCCUUCAUCCAGCAGAUACACUUCUUCACCAGUUUCGAGAAAGUCCAAACCGCUGGCUACAAUUAUCAGAUUAGUGGACACUAUACUGGACAGCCAGCUUUUACUGGAACACAUACACCUCUGGAUACUACGCUUUAUGAGAUUCAGUUGUAUUGCUACAACGUCGAGUCACUGCUCUUCUUGUCCUGGAUUGCUGGCCUCUGGCGUCAUGUUUGGCGUCUUCGCUUCGACUUGCUGGACAGAGGUGGUCAUGCUGUUUCCACAAUUGUCAAGGUCUCCUGUAUGGUCGUGCCAGCAAUACUGAUCGGUAUUGCUAAUGCCUCUUCCGUGGAUCGUACACCUGGAGUCUCUCUGAUCCUCUGCAACAUCAUGUUGGCUGGCAGUGUCGCAGUCGGUCUGAUCCUUUUGGCACUCGUCUUCUACAAAUACAUUUCCAUCCAGAAGUACCUCAGCGACUCGUCUUCAGCGAGAAACGGCUUCUUCGCACGCUUUGGAUGGCGCAUCAAGUUCUCCUUGCCUAGCUCUUCGAAAACACACAGUCAACGCAGUAGAACUAUGGCAAGUCAAGUUCGAAGUGGCAUGCACAGUCAACUGCGAAGCGGCAACAUCAACCGCAGCGUCAACGAUCAAACAGAAUCUCAACUUCCCGCUCGCGAACCAAAAGCUGCCCCGCGCAAGAACGACUCUAUGUACGACAAAUGGCUUUUGAUUCGGUUCUGUAUCUGCUUCGUCCUGCUAUGCAUCAUGCAAACCUACCUCAUCUACUACUCCAUCGCACGCUAUUUCGGCUCGACUGCAGACGCCAAAACCGCGAAACUGGACUUGUCCGCAGGAGCCGCCACAAUCUCCAUUGUGAUGUUCAUCCCUGGAGUAACAUUGGGCCUGUUGAUAUUCAUCGUUUUCGGCACAACAGGUCCCUUCCGUAGGGACUAUGCUCGCUGGGCUCGAUUCCUCGUGUCUACCUGUCUCGGCCGCCGCAGCACCAGAGACUCCCUCGCGUCAGGAAGCCUACAUCGCACAGAGAGUGUAGUGCGUUUGACGAAUCUAGACCGCAAGGCUAGCCAAAACAAUGGCAACACAGAUGCGGGACUAGGUGUCAAGGGGGCUGAUGGCGAGUAUAGAGUUUCCGUCACGCCUGUUGCUGGUGAAGAAGGCGAUUAUGAGGAGAGACAGAUGAAUAUGGGCAUCAUGAUGACUAGAAGUAUCAAGCAGAGUGAUGAGAGAUAA